GACGAUCAGAACCGGGUCAAAGAUCCGGCCAGCCUUUUUAUUUUUCGAGAAUAGGAGACAUGAGGUCAUGCCUAGAGUCAGUCUCCUGAAUCGACGGAUAUGGGAGAGACAUUAGGGCGAAAUGUCUCAUGAGGAUGCAGGAACCAAGACAAGAAUGCCCUCUGUACCACAGUGAAAGUUGAGUACAUAAACUCAAGAUUACGACACAGCCAAGUAAAGAGCUGAACCUUUCGAUAAACAACGACUCAUGUGAAACGACACUACAGAUUCAACGAACCAAGUCCCUCCACGUUCCAAGGAUCCCGUGCAAGACACAUACACCUGCAUAUCAUGGAGGACCCCGAGGUGCCACCGGCAGACCGCAUUGUCGUUCCGGCUCAUGAUGGAGGGGGGUCUUCGGAGGUGAGCACGGUUAACUCAUGCAAUGACUCGGAAGGAUUAGAGCCUCUCAAUCAUCUGCUGUCUCUAACUUCUCUUCCUAUUCUUCUUUUCUCCUUAUAAAACGACCAAAACACAUACUCGCUCAUGAUAUCUUUUUCAUAGUCUACUCAACAUUCCAAUAUCAAGUGCAGGUUCACAUAACCAGCUCAUCCUUUACAUCGCCACCUCAAGAAAGGUCUCGACAUCAUUUCCAAAUAUGCAACUACUCUGCACUCCCUCCAUCUCGCUGGUCCGCGCCGCUCGGUCCUUGCGUAACCGACUCAUCAAGAAAACCCUCCUCCCAGCCCGCGCUGCAGCCGCCUCCGUACGCAACUCAAUACACUUCUCCUCACCAUUCUCGUCACACUCCCACGACAAGCUCAAACACCAAGCUCGACCUGCCGCCCUUGGCACUGUUGCGGUGCUUGGCAACGGGCUACCCACGGGCAUGGAAGGCCACGCCGCUGUCAGAGAGGGCGAAGGUUGCUCGAGAGUCCGGAAGCAUAUCAGCCCCUUCUAUCAACAAUGGGAGCAAGGCAGCCUCAUGUUCCAGAAGAGCAAGUUCUUGUAGGACGGGAGACAUCGAAGAAACAAAGUAUGGUCGCCACAGGCUGGUCUAGUGAUUUUGUUGUUUUGCCUUGUCGUCUUUGCGUUAGAGUGUUUGGUUAGUAUUGGCUUCGUUUGUUCGGUUAGAUUGAUUGGCUUUGAGCGUUAGGUCUGUUAAAACAUAGUCACUCAGAGUGACUGACACCUGAACACUAAGAACUCCAUUUCGUAUCAUCACCACAAACACAUUCCAAAAAGCCAUGGCACUAAUGUAAGGAAGCAAACUAUUUUUUUAGGAUUCAAAGCUGGUGAGGAGACAUGGCCAGGUCUAGUAUCGUGACAGACC